AUGGCUCGCGCCCGCAACCAACCGAGGUCCAACGGGUCUCGCACCUCAUCGGGUCCAACGGGUCUCGCACCUCAUCGCCGAUGUACGACCCGCAAGGAGACGAAGGGAGCCGAGGGGGAAGCAAUGGCUGCACCCAGCCACCUUCUGCAAGCAAUUCCCAGCCCCCAUACGCGAGCGAUCAAGCGCGGACCGAUCAUGAGGGGCCAGGUAAAUCUUACAUUUUUUUCAGCAUUUUGCUGAUGUUUCAUUCCUUUUUUUCUAAUUAUUCUUUUGGAAUUGGAUAAUCAACUUGCUAAUGUUUUUUUUUUACUUUGUUUUAUUAUUUUUUUGAACUUUCAUAGGUAAAUCUUGCAUUUUUUUCAGCUUGAUGCUGAUGUUUCUUUUCUUUUUUUACUUUCCUUUUGGACUUUCA